AUGUCCAAGGUUCAUCCGAGUGCCAUCUCAGUGAAGUCAGCGGAAGCAGCCGUCGCCGCCGCCGGCACCGGCGGCGGGACGACGGUGCUGACAGUAUGGAGGAAGUCGCUCCUGUUCAACUGCGAGGGGUUUACAGUGUUUGACAUCAAGGGGAACCUCCUCUUCCGGGUGGACAACUACGGGGCCGGGAGGAGAGGGGAGGUCGUCCUCAUGGACGCUGACGGGACGCCUCUGCUGACCAUUCGGCGGAAGAGGCUGAGCUUUGGGGAGCAAUGGCUGGUGUACGAGGGGGACGAGGCCUCUUGCGCCGUCGCCGGCCACCCGCUGCUCUCCAUCAGGAAGAAGCACGUCAAUCUCCUGCGCCACCGGGCGGUGCUGGUCCACGUCGCCGGCGGCGGAGGCUCCGCCGAGAAGCGCUACCGCAACUUCGACGUGGAGGGGUCCUACCCGCGGAGGUCCGUCGCCGUGUACGACGACCGGCGGUGCUGCCUGGCGGAGGUCCAGAAGAAGGAGACAACGGGGGGCGUGGGCCUCGGGGCCGACGUCUUCCGCCUCGUCGUGCAGCCAGGCUUCGACGCCACCAUCGCCAUGGCCAUCGUCGUCGUCCUCGAGCAGAUGUUCCCGUCGAGGGAAUAA